AUGGCGCGACCCAUAGAGGCGCGAGUGGACCAGAUUGAGGCCGCGGGCAUGGCUCUGGUGGCAGACGGCACGCGCUUCUGGAUGAAUUGGCCGCUCCUGGGCUUAUCGGACGUGACCACCAACUGCGACUGCGCUGUGGCGAAGUGGCGCAUGCACUGCAUCGACCCGGGCAGCAAACCCGGGGACUUCCACGCCGGGCCCCAAAACUGCUGCACCCUGCAGGCUGAGAAGGGAAAGCGGCUGGCACCCACCGGCAUAAGCCUGCGAACGGGCGUGCUGGAGCUGGAAUGCCGGAUUGAGCGGGGCGCCCUGCUGACUCUGGCUGCAGACAGGCGCCGGCCCACAUCCCUGCAGCUGGCUGAGCCUUUGAGCUGUUGCCUGGAUCACCGGCAAAGCUUUGACAAGGGGGCCGCAGUCCUGGUGGGGCGCGACCACCUGCAGGGCACCCGCUGCGCAUCCAGCGCGGAGCUCUACGCCAUGCGCUGGGGUGCCUUGGUGGAGCUGGAGGCCGCGGCCUCCGCAGUGGAGAGCAACGACUCCCGGCUGCUCUUCGAUGUCCCGGUGGCUUGGGAGGAGCGCAAGACCUCUGCGCGCCGGGGGGCGUUCACGAUCUCGGCCUCGCUGGCGAAGGGCCAUCGCCUGAAGUUCCGGGGUCUCUUGGCGCGGGGCGGGGAGACCGCCUCCUCCUGGCUUUGCCUGCGCUCGGAUGUGCGCACCGCGCACGCCCGGAUCGUGCAAGCCGGGAUCUGCGAGGAUGGUCAGCAGCUGACCUUCGAUGACGAGGACACUGCCUUGAACGACAAGAGCCGCAACUCGAUCCGCGUGGCUUUUGACAUCGUGGGAGAUGAGGGCCGGCAGAAGCUCACGGAUCCGUAUUUGGUUGAAUACAUUCCAAAGUCGCUGUCCCACAGCUGCAUGCACAUGGCGCUCGCGGAAAUCAAUCCGCCCGAGCGGGCGGACGGGCUGCCAGUAGCGCCCCUGCUGGCCCGGGACAUUGUUUUGGGCUGGUUGCCAAGUCAGUCGGAAGAGGACGGGGACAAUUUGUCGAACUGGAAUUUGAAUUGCUCGCAAGAGCUGGCGAUUCGCCGCGCCUUGGCCCGCCACUUCCAGCUUCUGCAUGGGCCACCCGGCACUGGCAAGACCCGCACAGCCGCUGUGCUGAUGACCAUCUUCGCCCAGAGGAACCUCGGGGCGCGGUGCGCCAUCCUCUUCGGUGCACCCACCAACCGUGCGGUGGAUUGCGCCCUGCUCUACACCAACCAGCUGUGCGAGGCAUACUUCGCAGAGCGUUUGCGGGCGCGGGUGGAGCAGGAUGGCGAGGCGGAUUGUGCCAUUUGCUUGGAACAGCAGCCUGACAUCGUCACCGCCUGCGGCCAUGUGUUCCACCGCGAGUGCCUGGCACGCUGCCUCCAACAAAGUGGUCAGUGCCCGAUGUGCCGGCAGGUCAUCAAGCAGCCCCGGGGGGGCUUGCGGAUGCUCCGCAUCUACGGGGCGGACGCGGAGCGGCAGGACUUCCCGGUGCCGCGGCGUGUGGAGCACGCGGGGGUCCAGACUUUCAAGGUGCAGACGGUGCCAGAAGAGUUGCGCCGCUUCGCCUGGCAUUGGCGCUGCCAUGCGGCGGUGCAGGGGGAGGAGCCAGGCGCAGAGGCGGUGGAGUGCCGCAAGGCCUACGACCGGCUGCGGGCGUGCCAGGUGCGGUCGCCGGACUUCGAGGAGCGCCGGGCGGAGUACUACGCGGCGCUGCAGACGGCCAGGGCCGCUGAGGUGCGCCAGGCGGACGUGAUCUUCUCCACCUGCGUCUCGGCGCGGCGCAACGCGCUGCUGGAGGCGCUGCUGCAGAAGUCCGCGCCGCAGAUCCGGCAGGUGGUCAUGGACGAGGCGGGCCAGGCUCCAGAGCCGGAGGCCUUGUGCUUGCUGACCUUGGCCAAAAACGCCCAGCACGCGGUGCUCUUCGGGGACCACAAGCAGCUAAGGCCCAUCUUGCGGAGCAAGGUGGCGGAGCAAGCCGGCAUGGGCAAGUCCCUUUUCGAGCGCCUAGCCAUGGCCGCCAGGGGCAUCGACGACAGGUCCAGCUGGGUGUCGCUUUUGGCGGAGCAAUAUCGCAUGCAUCCGGCCAUCAGCUGGUUCCCAAGAGAGCGGUUCUACGGGGGCCGAGUAAGAGACCACAUCUCGGUCAUGCAAAGCUCCAGCCUGCUGACGCUCAGAGGGAAAGAGGCGCCCUUCGUGGUUUGGGACUGCCCCAGCGCCGGCGAGGAGCUGCAGCGCGUGCGCACCGUGGGCUCCGGGGGCGUGGGCUCCCGUGCUAACGUCCAGGAGGCCUCGCGCGCCGCUUCCCUGGCCGCGCGCCUGGCGCGCAGCUGCGGGCAGCGGAAGGUGGCGGUGCUGUCGUGGUACAACAGCCAGGUGGCCAAGGUCACGGACCUGCUGCGCAGGGAAGGGCUCCGCGGAGUUCACGUGGGGAGCAUUGCAACGGCCCAGGGCAGUGAGUGGGAUUACGUGAUCCUGAGCACGGUGCGCGGGAAAGGCGGCGGGCGCUUGGGUUUGCUGUCUGACCCCCAUACCAUGAAUGUGGCGCUCACGCGGGCACGGCACGGCAUGGUGGUACUUUGUGACACCACCGCGUUGGACGAGGACGCCGACUGGUCCGAGCUGUUCCAUCACGCCCAAGCACGCGGCCUGGUUACCAGGGAGGAGCCUGAGCUCCGGCAACCGGUGGCACAGGAAGCCUUCGAGCGAGAGCAGGAGCAGCUGGCCACUCUGCUGGCGUCGCUUCUGUCCCCCAAGUCCCGCAGCUCCAAGUCCCGCAGCCCUCGGCGGUCGCAAAUGGAGCGCGCCUGGGGCGCCUGA